CGGCUCCUCCCGAACGGAUUCUUUUCCCCUCGGCUCCUGGGACCCAGCUCCGCGCCGCCGGUCCCUGAGCCACUGAACCCCCCACCUCCUGGGUGAGGAGGACACGCUUGCCCUUGUCGAGAAAACUUUUCCUGCGGACUCGGUCGAGGCGGUGGUGGCAGGAAGUCCGGGCAGCAACCUCUCCGCCAGCCUCGCUCGCCCUGCCGGGUGCCGGCGCUAAGCUCGAGAUCAAGUUUUCGGGGCCCCUUCCGGGCUGCAGGCGGGUCUCGCCUUAAGAGGGGCGCCCGGCCCCGGGGAGGACGGCAGGCCAGGGCGAAGGCCGAGGGCGCGUGCUGGCUUCGGAGACAAGGUGUGGAGCGCGGCCGGGACCUUCAACCGCAGCGAUAAGCGCGGAGAACACGAGCUUGGGCGCGGAGAGCCUCUGGCGGCGGCUUCCAGGAGUCCACUGUCCUCCUCCGGGUGAAGACAGUGUCCUGGACCCAAGUCUAUCGAGGAAAAAUGAAGUUAAGCCGCCAGUUCACCGUAUUCGGCAGUGCGAUCUUCUGUGUUGUGAUCUUCUCGCUCUACCUGAUGCUAGACCGGGGUCACUUAGACUACCCCAAGAGCCCGCGCCGCGAGGGCUCCUUUCCCCAGGGCCAGCUCUCAAUGUUACAAGAAAAAAUAGACCAUUUGGAGCGUUUGCUAGCUGAGAAUAAUGAGAUCAUCUCAAAUAUUAGAGAUUCGGUCAUCAAUUUGAGUGAGUCUGUGGAGGAUGGGUCGAAAAGUUCACAAGGCAAUUUCAGCCAAGGUGCUGGGUCACCUCUUCUGUCAUCGAAACAAUCGUCCCUCACAAUUGACCCUGAAGACUGUCUGUUUGCUUCACAAAGCGGAAGUCAGAAUUCAGAUGUGCAGAUGUUGGAUGUUUACAAUCUAAUUCCUUUUGACAAUCCAGAUGGUGGAGUUUGGAAGCAAGGAUUUGACAUCACCUAUAAAUUGAAUGAAUGGGACACUAAGCCCCUUCAAGUCUUUGUGGUACCUCAUUCCCAUAAUGACCCAGCACAGUCAGCAGAAAACAGUUCUGGUCAGGCACAGUUGGACAGAGCCCACGUAGGUGAGAGGCGGUGGACACCUAGCACUCUGGCAGCCAGGGCACCUGCCAGUUUACUAGAAAAUGGUCAGUUUGAAGUUGUGACAGGUGGCUGGGUUAUGCCUGAUGAAGCUGCUGCACAUUACUUUGCCUUAAUUGACCAACUAAUUGAAGGACAUGAGUGGCUAGAAAAAAAUCUAGGAGUGAAACCUCGGUCUGGUUGGGCUAUUGAUCCUUUUGGACAUUCACCAACAAUGGCUUACCUUCUAAAACGUGCUGGAUUUUCUCAUAUGCUUGUCCAGAGGAUUCAUUAUUCAAUUAAGAAACAUUUUGCAACGCAUAAAACACUGGAGUUUUUUUGGAGACAGAAUUGGGAUCUGGGAUCUGGCACAGAUAUUUUUUGCCACAUGAUGCCUUUCUACAGCUAUGACAUCCCUCACACUUGUGGACCUGAUCCUAAAAUAUGCUGCCAGUUUGAUUUUAAACGACUUCCUGGAGGCAGAUUUGGUUGUCCCUGGGGAGUCCCCCCAGAAACAAUAUACCCUGGAAAUGUCCAAAACAGGGCUGAGAUGCUUCUAGAUCAGUACCGAAAGAAGUCCAAGCUUUACCGAACCGCGGUUCUCCUGGCCCCACUAGGAGAUGAUUUCCGCUACGCAGAACGCACGGAAUGGGAUCAUCAGUUCAAGAAUUAUCAGCUGCUUUUUGAUUAUAUGAAUUCUCAACCUCAGUAUAAUGUUAAGUUUAGUUAUGGAACAUUUUCUGAGCUCUUNGAUAAAGAAGAGGCAUCCAGUAGAACGAAUAGCCAAUCAAUGUUCCCUGUUGUAAGUGGAGAUUUUUUCACUUAUGCUGACCGAGAUGAUCAUUAUUGGAGUGGCUACUUUACAUCCAGACCCUUUUACAAACGAAUGGAUAGGAUAUUGGAAUCCCAUUUAAGGGCUGCUGAAAUUCUUUACUAUUUCGCCCUAAGACAAGCUCAGAAAUACAAGAUAAGUGCAUUUCUUUCAUCAUCCUACUACACGUCACUGACAGAAGCCAGAAGGAACUUGGGACUGUUUCAACAUCAUGAUGCUAUCACAGGAACUGCAAAAGAUUGGGUGGUUGUAGAUUAUGGUACCAGACUCUUUCAUUCAUUAAUGAAUUUGAAGAAGAUAAUUGGACAUUCUGCACUUCUUCUUAUUUUGAAGGAAAAACACUUAUAUGAAUCUUACUCUUUUGAUACCUUCCUAGAAAUGGACUUGCAACAAAAAUCACAAAGUUCUCUACCAUACGCAAAAAUAAUAAAGCUGAGUGCGGAGCCAAGGUAUAUUGUGGUCUACAAUCCUUUAGAACAAGAACGAAACUCGGUGGUCUCAGUCUGUGUGAGUUCCCCCACAGCACAAGUGUCCUCAGCUUCAGGAAAGCCUGUGGAAAUUCAAAUGAGUGCAGUUUGGGAUACAGCAAAUACUAUUUCACAGACAGCCUAUGAGAUCACUUUUCUAGCACAGAUGCCACCAUUGGGACUGAAAGUGUAUAUGAUUUCGGAAUCAACAACUUCAAAUCCACAUUUAGCUGAAUAUGUCCUGUAUAAUGGUAACAUAGAAGAUAAAGGAAUUUUCAACAUGAAGAAUAUAAAAAGCUCUGAAGAAGAUAUAACUCUAGAGAACUCCUUUAUUAAGCUUCGGUUUGGUCCAUCUGGGCUUAUGGAGGAAAUAAUAAAUAAAGAAGAUGGUAAACAUCAUGAAGUAAAAGUACAGUUUUCCUGGUAUGGGACCACAAGUAAAAAGGACAAAAGUGGUGCCUACCUCUUCUUACCCGAUGGAGAGGCCAAGCCCUAUGUUUACACAACACUGCCCCUUGUCAGAGUGCAACGUGGAAAGUUUUAUUCAGAUGUGACUUGCUAUUUUGACCAUGUUACCCAGAGAGCCCGACUGUACAACAUACACGGAAUUGAAGGACAGUCUGUGGAAGUGUCUAAUAUUGUGGACAUCAGAAAAGAACAUAACCGUGAGAUCGCAAUGAGAAUUAAUUCUAACAUAAACAGCCAAAACAGAUUUUAUACGGAUCUAAAUGGAUAUCAGAUUCAACCUAGAAUGACAAUGAGCAAAUUGCCUCUUCAAGCAAAUGUCUACCCUAUGACCACAAUGGCAUAUAUCCAGGAUGCUGAGCACCGCUUGACACUGCUCUCUGCUCAGUCUUUAGGUGUAUCGAGUUUGAAAAGUGGUCAGAUUGAAGUUAUCAUGGAUCGAAGACUCAUGCAAGAUGAUAAUCGUGGCCUUGAGCAAGGUGUUCAUGAUAACAAGAUUACAGCUAAUUUAUUUCGAAUACUACUAGAGAAAAGAACUGUUGUGAAUAUGGAAAAAGAAAAGAAGUCGGUCAGUUAUCCUUCUCUCCUUAGCCACAUAACUUCUUCCUUCCUGAAUCACCCUGUCUUUUCAAUGACAGAAAAGAUCCCCGCCCCAACCCUUCAGCUGCUGGGUGAAUUCUCUCCAUUACUGUCAUCUUUGCCUUGUGACAUUCAUCUGGUUAACCUGAGGACAAUACAGUCAAAGGUGGACGGCAAGCAUUCUGACGAGGCGGCCUUGAUCCUCCACAGGAAGGGGUUUGAUUGCCGCUUCUCCAGCAGAGACACGGGACUACGUUGUUCCACCUCCCGGGGAAAGGUGAAAAGUUUUUGAUUUUUGUUUUUGUUUUGUUUUUUUUUGUUGUUUAUAGAAUCAGUGUGCUUUGAAAUCCGUACUUUCUGCGAAUAAUCCUGACAACGCAAUCAUGUGCCAUUGCCUCUUCCGUGAUUUGUUCCUCAGCUGCAAAUUAGCUCGUCUCCCCAUUUUAGGAAAGCACUUUCUUAACCUUCUGUCUCCUCUCCUUGUCAGCAUCCAAAUGCACAGCCGGAGCAUGUGCGCCCUGGAAGCCAAUGCUCUCAUUGAUCUUUAGGCCUCCCAUUUCCAACCUCCAAAGCAUCUUCUUCCACCCCCCGCCCAUAUUUCCUCAUUCCUUGGACA